CUGAUGCAAAUAUUGUAAGAAGUUUGUAUGGCAGAAGAAUACCUUCAAAAGAAAAAAACUUUACAAUUUGUAGUAUGUGAUUCCAAGUGCAAUCUAUUCUCCACUGGAACUAAAGCUGCCACUUUCACAGCCACGUCGAGCCUCGCCACUCCCGAUGGCUGGUAACUGCUUGCCGCCGGUCAAUAUCACCGGAAGUGGCCGGCCGGUGCUCGAACCGAACGAAAUCGAGUGCUUCUUCCUCUCCGGUGUUGAUCUUCUCUGCGAAGACGACCCCAGCACUUCCUUCCCCCACCUCAAAUCCGGCCUUCUAAUCCUCACCACCUACCGCCUCCUUUGGCUCCCGGAUUCCGCAGCCUCAGGCGGUGGAGCAGCCGGCGCAGUCCCCCUCGCCGCCAUCUCCCACAUUUUCUCCGUCAAGAAGUCCCUCCGCUCGGUGUUCUCCUCGCCGCGGGUCCGGUUCCAGGUGUCGCUGUCGCCGGAGGGGCGUGUAGAGGCGGUGGGAUCGCGAUCGGUGGUGGUGACGGUGGUGGUGAGGGGGAAGGGGGACUGCGACGCGUUUCUGGCCAAGUUUUGGGAAAAUUGGCGCGCCCGAGCGUGGGAGGAGGCAGGUAGUGGGUCUAGUAAUGCGGCGGCGGCGACGGCGGAAACGGCCACGACAUCGUCAUCAGGAGGAAUUUAUUCGAGUGACGGGACGGUGAGGAUGGUAGGAGUUUCCGGAAUACUGAGAAAGGAGCAGGAAAUGUGGGAGAGUACUGAUAGAAGCUUGCAGGAGGCUUUUCAGGAUUUGAAUGCUCUCAUGGGUAAGGCUAAAGAGAUGGUGAUGCUAGCAGAGAAAAUGAGGCUAAAACUUUUGUCCGGCUCAAAUUCUCAAGCUAAUGCAACUAACGAUGAGGAGAUGGGUUCAAAGGAAGAGAUGCAAGAUUGGUUAUUGAGUGUUGGUAUUAUAUCCCCAGUUACCAAAGAGUCUGCAGGUGCUUUGUAUCAUCAACAACUUUCUCGUCAGUUGGCAGAUUUUGUUAAAAUUCCACUUGAGAAAGCUGGGGGAAUUAUCAAUCUUAUUGAUAUAUAUUGUUUAUUCAAUCGUGCUCGUGGCACAGAAUUGAUCUCACCCGAUGAUUUGUUGCAAGCAUGUUCUCUAUGGGAGAAGUUUGAUGUUCCAGUGGUUCUACGAAAGUUCGAUAGUGGAGUCAUGGUAAUACAAACUAAGUCUCAUAGUGAUGAGGAGGUUUUCAAUAAAGUCAAGAUGCUUGUUAUGAAACCUGAUGCUCUUCGAUCUGGGAUAAGUGCCAGUGAUGCUGCAAGGACACUAGGGGUUGCCCCAGCAAUGGCAAAGGAGCAUCUCUUAUCUGCUGAGAGCAAAGGUUUACUAUGCAGAGAUAUAAGCCCCGAUGGAUUUCGCUUCUAUAUUAACUUGUUCCCUGAAAUUGAUCGAGAUGAUGUACAUUUAGUAAAAGAUCGGGAAAUUUAUGCCCUGUGGGUACAGGCUAACCAUAGUCAUGCAUAAGAGUCCCAGGUUGGUUGAAUUCAAGCCAAGAAGGGAAAGAAAUUACAAGAAAUGUUUUACGGUGCUUUAAUCUAUGUGAUAGUUUCUUUGUAGAGGAUACUUACUAUAGUCAUUGUGUAGAAGGAUUAUAAUACUUGAAAUGAAAAGAUGUUAAUGCAAA